AUGAGUUAUUCUUCGCAAAGCGGCAGUUUAACAAGCAAUGUUACUACAACUAGUAGCGAACGAAAUAGCCCGAUCAGUAAAGAAGCCGAGAAAAAACGCACUCCAAAGUGCGCGCGCUGUCGGAACCACGGCUUCGAUUCUAUCUUGAAGGGCCACAAGGGAUUCUGCCGAUGGAGGGACUGCAUGUGCCCAAAAUGUCUUCUGAUUGCGGAACGACAGCGCGUUCUCGCAGCUCAGGUAGCACUACGCCGCCAGCAGAUGCAGGAACAGCGCAGCCCGCUACCCCCGGGAGAUGUGUUCACGGCUUUGACUAGAGUUGGCGGUAGCAACAAUCAGAGUCCUUCGCCGCGAAGUCCUUCUCCGACUUCCACUAGCGCCGAACCAGGUAAAAACAUUUGAAAUAUCUUUUUAUCACUUAACAAACGAAUUUGCUUUAAGCAACCAUCUGAUCUCAAACAAGCAAUUAAGUAAAGAAAAAAAGCGCAAUUGGGGAUGGAAAAUGCCUUGAAAAUUGAAGUUUUCUACUCAGUCUAAGGCUUCUUGAAAUUGUUUUUAACGGCUUCAAAGACAUCUAGAAACUUCUUUCACGCUUAAAUGAAAUAAAAAAAAAAACAUAACCACAACCUGUGCGCUUUCUUGUACAAUUGACUGCACCUAAGUUUGUAGCAAAAAGUUUCAACUUGAAAGAGCACAAAAGCCCUUAAUGAGCACAGUUUUAAUAACAUCACUUUUUCGCCUAUGUAAUCACGCGCAACCCUACUUACUUCCUUAGAAAACCGAAUCGAAAUUGUUGAUUUUCUUAAAAACUUUCCUCAGCUUGUAAAUUUUGCUAAGUGCAAGCCAGAGCUCGGUGUAUGAUUUGAAGUUGUCGCGACAACUUCAAAUCGAUGUAUUAUCAUUAAAGCUUUGAUACACCAUUUCAAGGUGUUUCAUUCUGUGGUUUUUCGUUUGAAUUAUCCAUCAAGCAGUCACCAUAUGUUACCGACGUGGGCUGAUUAAAACUAAAAUAAAAGAUAGCAGACCUCACAAAAAGGCAGAGAUAAAAAGACUAAAUCAAAAACUAAUCCAAUAAUUGAAGGAAAUCAGCCAUUAUAGAAAAUUCCACACUCCCAUGAUUUUUGGGUAAUUUCAUGUCUGCCUUUGGAACGAUUCCAAACGGCCUAGCAACUUCUAUAAACACACUACAAUUUGUUUCAUUUUAUGGUUCUUGUUAAUGAGUGAGAGAUAAAUUUCGAGCCAUUUCGCUCGCAUCCAAGCAGGCCAUGUGUUACUCAUCGAAAGAGGAAAGUAUGUUUUUGUUUUUCAUAUUAUUUUGCAGAGAUAAAGAAAGAAGCCUCGUCCCCUGUGAGAGAAAUUUGCCCCGAACCGAUUCCUGUCACGAAUACGGCAUUUGCAGGUGAAUUUUAAGUUGUCAUGCUGAAACUUGCCAUUGUUUUACAAAAAUAUAGAUAUGUAUUUAUAAUUUCUGGUAUGACAAUUCAAUAGAAAACCCGGCGAGUGAAGAUUGGGCUGAAACCAUGAGAUACACUGUAAAUUACAUCAUUUUUUGUAUCAAUGUUAUUUCUUACGAGGAAAUGCGGUUUUAAUUUCAGUUGCUUUUGAAGAAAAGGAAACGAAACGUGGCACCCUUAAGCUUCUAAAAGAAUGCUUUAUCAUUUUAAGGAUGAAAAAUUGCGUGAAGAGGGCGGAAACAGGCACAUUUCAUCCAUAUCUCAUAAUUCUUUUAAAAAAAAAACACGGUCACAAGGAAAGCCUAUAUGCUGGUAGAAAAUUUGCAUAGAUAAGGAAAUUUGCAAAAAAAAUACCGAACUACGAAGUUUGUUUUUCCCAUAACAACCACGAGAGAAAACAGUGAAUGGAUACACUUUAAUUUCCUCUGGACAAUUAUUUUGGAAACAUUCACCUAAUAACAAGAUGAAGAAUAAUAUUUUACAGCGUUUGAGGAUAAAUGACACGACACUCUAUUCAUCACUAUAAAGUUAAACACCAAAAUUCUGCCAGAGAGCGCUAUAUCCUCAUUGUGAAAUAAUACUUUUGUUUUCAGAUCCCCAGCAUACUGCCUUUAUUGGAUCUUCGCACAAGGAUGGACACACUGAGUGUACCUGCUCGGCUUUCAGACCUUUUACGGGCGUUUUGCCUCAUCAUUUGCAAGGUGCAACAAUUCACCAUUCUGAUAAUUUUUAUUUAAUUACUGAAAGAUUCUCAAAGAAUCAUAUUUGUAUUUAAAUAAGACGGGUCAUGCUUGAAUUCAUCACAAUGAUGAUAAAACCUUUUAAAAGACACAUUCGCGGUCGGGCUGUUGAUUCAAAGCCCAACUAUAGGAUUACGGCAAAGUAUUUAUCCAAAACGCCGCAAAAACGACAUCCAGUCUGGUGCUAAAUAGAUGUUGGCCUUCAAAGUAGCUUAUGCUUUGAAUGAAGUUUUCAUAGAUAAUAUAUGUUUUGUUAUUGUGCUGUUUUGACUUCAAGCUCUGACACCACAGUUGACAGUUGCGAAAAGAUUAGCGCUAUCCAAAAUCGAUAAAGUAUGAACGUUUUUCUUUUCUGUAUCUUUCUAGUUUAAUUUUGAACAGGCCCUCAUUAAAAAUUUUCUUAUCUUUUGUGGGGUAUCCAGUUGCGUUGAUCAGCGAGACUAAAAAAAUUACUAAAUUUGGUCUGAAUAAUGCUUGAAAAGCAGCACACACACCUGCUCGACGGCCGUUUUAUGUGAUUCUCGUUCAUUUCAAGGCGAUCUUAAUCCCUGCUGAGUUUGGCAGGCAGAAUUUUGCUCUUUAGCCAUUCAAUUAGGAAAAGAAAAUUAAAAUUUCCCCCCUGAAUUCCGCCCGCAAGCCAAUUCUAGCUUGUUUUGGUAUUGCAAACUUAUUUUAACUUUUAAAAAUAUAUUAGUUUUGGAAACAAGCAAUUCUUUCAAUUUCCUCCUCUGCCAUUUGCCAAUGUUGCAAGUAACUGUUUUGAAAGGGUCUUUGCUAUAAUUUCAAAAUGGGCGAUUUAUUUGUAUCAUGCACUCUAUCCAAAUGAAGCAAUAUUUUGCUGCUUAGUUUCACGUUAAAAAGAUAUUAAAAUAUCAUUUUCGCUGUCUAGAGGCGAUAAAAAUGCAACGAAAUUCAACACUGUAGACUAAUCUUGACAAAUUACGCAGUAAAUUUGAGAAGCGCUCUUUUAGGACCAGCCAAGUGUCCUGGAGUACCAAGACCUUUUAGAAUUCGGCUCAGUUUUCCUGUUUAAAUCAUUCUCCUGGAAUGGAAAGAGACAUUGUAAAUUGGGGAACAUAUAUUUACGUUCGACAAUGGCCCAAUUAAGAGCCAAGUUGUUGUCGUUUCUACAACUCUUGUAGAUUUUAAGGAAAUUAUAGAAAUUCUAUACGCUAGUUUUUCCUAUUUACGACCGCAUUAAGGAAAAUGCUAUUGGCGUCAUAUUUUUCGACAGAAAAAGUAACAAUUUGAAUCAUUUUUGCGAUAAAAAUGUCUAGAUUCUUAGACGUUUAAGAUUAAUUUUGAACAGAAGGUUUUCUUCGAUUCUCAAAUUCGAGACAGAUUCAAGCGAUCCAGCACAGCUUUAAAGAAACUAGUCGCAACUGCUCGGGAAAAUUUGAACUUUUCAAGAGGAGUAGAAUUAGCUGAGAAGUACACCUUUCCAACCGCUUAAACGUGCGUCUAAAUUAUUAAGAUGUUACAAUUUUCCAUCAGAAGCGUUUAUAUUGUCCUUAAACUUAUGAAUUUUGGGCAAUAAAUAUUAUCUAGGUUCGUGGGAACCUUAACCGUAUUCGUUAACCCAACUUUGAUUGUCGGUUUAACACAAAACUUAACAAUUCUUUCAGCAUUGAACUUGUUACACAUCCACUGAAUCAAACUAUCUCUUCUGUUGCAUCUGCAUAGGACUGAAAAGAAAGUGUCCAAGCGAGGUUGGCACUGAUAUGAAUCAUGGAUUCAACCAAGCAACUCUACUCAGGGAAGCGCAAGAAAAACGCUGUCGCUAUUCAAGUGAGUACGAACCGUCCGAAAAACCUUCCAUGCAUUUCGCGGGUCAGCGACGUCCGUCGGCGAUCGAACUGUUAAUACGAGUUUUCCCGAAGAUCAAAGUUAGUGUCUUACAACUAAUUUUACACUCAUGUGGCGGCGAUUUGGGACAAGCAAUCGAAGAAGUUUUCGCGCGCUACAAAAGUGAGGCGGCCAGCGUUUUUAUGGGAGUACCGAAUCCUUGGACGCGCUUACCGCAAGACGCCGUCAGAGAAUACCAUCACCCAGCUCUUCGCCCAGACAGUUUCAAAUACAUCCGCAGCAACGAGACUUUCGUAGGAAGCCCAAAGUCUGCUUUUACCCCAAUUUCAACGCUCUCUAAAGCCCAUUUUAUAAACACGUCCUCAGGGAACGUCCCUUACGCUUUAGACACGGGAAGAAGUAAAGAGAACUUUCCAAUUUCAUUUCUGUUUGACUCUGCGAGGAUCAAUGCUUCGUUAACAAGGCCUCAGGCCCUGGUUUUGAAUAAAAAUAAAGAUGGCGAAGGUGGUACCGAAAUAAUAGAGGAUAUAAAGACCGGUGGCGAUUUGAUAGCAGAGAGUCCGAGAAAUGAUAAAGAAAAGUAACUUUAUUUAAAAAUUCAGUUUUCCGCAUGGAAGAAUAUUUAUGUUGAAAUUAGUGCUUAAAAAUGACAGCAGCCCCUCGCAAUUAUUAAAUACUAAAUAUGCGUCCUUCGGACUAAGAUUAUAAGGUAUAUGAAGCUUCAUUUGAAGCUCUGGAAACUUAAGCAAAGCUAUAAAAAUUUUAAUCCAAAGUAUCUCAAGAAGAAUAAGAAAUAAUACCGUUGUUAGUUUUAAAUGUCUGCGGCGACUUUAAAUUGCAAAUAUAAUUAAUAGCAAAAUAUGUUUUAAAAGGAAAAUUUGAAGUUCUAUAUAAAUUUAUUCAUGUGUCAAAGAAAACUAUGCUGUCACAUCUGGUGUUCUUAGCACCGAAAUCAAAGGAUUUUCCUGUUGCAAAACGAUAAAAUACUGGCAAAAUCAGCUCAAAAAGAUAUCGACUUGAUGCACCUUAAGAUGUUUAUUCCAUGAGAGAAUUAUUCAUCGCCUCAAAUUAUCCUCCCGUUUCGUUUAAUGUCCGCACAAGCUUUGCAAAAUGUCUCUCACGCACUUUUCCUACGAGAUAGGCAAUUGAAAAAUUGAAUAAAAGUUAGCGAGGUCGAAAGAUGAAAUGUCGCUCUACGGGCCCCAAAAGAAAAUUAAUAAAUGCAUUCAUGACCUGAUCAAAGGUAUGGGAAAAUUACAAUAAACGACCUCGGUAAGCUGCUUUUUACUUGACUGUCAUCUUGUAAUAACGUAUUUAUUUCGGAAGACCAGGCUUCCGAAAAAAGCAUGUUUUAAACAAUAAUCAUUUCUCCGCAACGAGUUACAAAUCGUUCGCCGCAACACUAAAUCCUCUAUGUAAAAUUGUAAAGAAUAUUUAGAAAAACAGAAGGGAAGUACUUUUCACUUCCAAUAUAAUAAAAAACUCAUUUUGCUG